ACCAUCUUUGCGUUGUCUGGGCCUUACCUCUGUCCUUCACACUCUUUCCUUAUUCAAAGUUUUUCUCUCUUUUUUUCUUUGUUUUUGUUUUGCCUUAACUAUAAACUCCGAGCUCGAAAGCUUCUCUGUCUUCUUCUCUUAGAUAACUCUCUCUCUCUCGAACUCACAAGCAGUUGAGAAGAAGAAGUUUUGUUGAAGAUGAAGAAAGCAUCAAGCAGAAGCCAAAGAGGAAGCAAAGGUAUUAAAGGGAAGCAUGUUUUGCAGAUUUGUGUUCUGCUUGGGGUUUGCAUUUGGAUAAUCUAUCAAGUGAAGUAUUCUCAUGAUAAGAAGAAGGAGUUUUACGAGAAAGAUGGCGAGAAAGCGACUGUGUUGUUGUCAGAGGUUGAAGACGGAGUGGUGAAGCUUGGGAGAAAAGAUCUUCUUCCCGGUUAUCAUAACAAGAAGGAGAAGCAUGUGGAAGAGGAUGAGGAUGAAGAUGAGAUUAGCCAUGGAGGAGAAGAGAAGAAGACUAAAGUAGAGAAUGGUAGUAAUCAUGAAGAGGAGGAGAAAGAAGAAGAAGAGGAAGUAGUUGAGGAGGAUGAAGAAGAUAAGAAUAAGCAAGGAGAGGAAGUAGCUGAGGAAGAUGAGGAAGAAAACAAACAUGAGGAAGAUGAGAUUGAUGAACAAGAUCAAAGUAAACCCGGUGGAGAUACUGAUAAGGAUGAUGAAACACUUGAAGAAGAGAAAGAGAGUGGAACGAGUGAAAGCGAUGAGAAAGAGAAAGAGAAAGAGACUACUCAUGCAGAUGAGAUUGAUAUGACCGUUGAUGAGGCACGCGAGGAGCAUUACAAGGCUGAUGAUGCUUCCAGUGCUGUGUCCCAUGAGUCUCGGAUACUGAACACUGAGAAAUUGAAAGAAAGUUCUAAUGGAACAACUCAGGAGAAUAAUUCCAAUAGCACUACAAGCGAGGUUGAGAUCCAGAAGCAACCUGACUUAAAGUUAGGAGAAGCAGAGAAUUUUGUGAACAAAACAACCACAGAAGUGAAAGAUGGUGACAGUGAACCAUCCAGUUCUGAAGCAAAAAGCGCGGUAACUGAAAUACAAGGUGAAACAGUUAAUACCAAUUCGACAGAAGCAAUUCUUGAAGCUACAGGCUUUUUGCAGAACGAAACAAAAAUCAUGCGAGAUCGAAGUCAAGAGAAAAGUGCACCGCCUGCAGGAUUCUCUGAACCACAUCCUGUCUUGGAACUUGAGCAAAUCCGUAAUGAAUUUGAUCCCAACAUCACUGUUUCUGCAAACAUUACCAACAAAGAUUCCAUUCAAGAUGAGUCCAGGAACUCAACUUCAGAGUCUUUGCUGAUUGAAAACAUAUCAGGCUCAAACACGACCGAGGUGAAGGAGAAUUCAAGUUCUGAGGGUGAUGAUGAAUCAGCUGAAAAGGAAAGUUCAAACGUUUUCUCUACAGAGCUAACGGAGGAAGCAGAUAAUACUUCAGAAACGUCAAUUUCUCAAGAAGAGAUGGAUGCACUCACUGAUCCACAAACUCUGCCAGAUAUAAGAAUAGAAGGGAAUGAAGAAGAUGAAGAGGAAGCAAUCGGAACAGAGUGAAAGAAGCACUAAUGGCAAAAUUGAUAAGUUAAUGUGAAUGUUUCCAUGCUUUUGCAGCUAUGCGAUUGUAAAAUCUCAAAACAUUAGUCUCUCUCUGUUACUUAGUUUCGCAAAACUGUAUAUUCAUUUGGAACUUUGGCUACGGAUUGCUUUCACUGCUC